CAUCGAUUUUGGCCUCCAUGUUCUAUGUUACAUUCCUCAGUUCGAUAUGCCGAUACCUGGUAUAGUGCAAACAUCGAGGCCCUGGCCCGGACGAAGUGCUUGCCGUGCGCAUGGGCUGGCCAUGUUUCGCGCCAGCCUCCAAGCCCUGGGGUUGCAGUCGGAGUGGAGUAUCAGAUUCGUAGGCCAAUUUCAUGCUUGAUUUAAGUCCUCGACGUCCCCUACAUUUCCUUCUUUCUUCAUCACUUCCGCGUUCCAACUUUCGCUUUAUUGUUAUUGUCUAUUUUCUCUCUCAUUUUUUAUAUUCUCGAGCAGGCUCUCGCCACUUUUAUACUAUUCCAACAGCUGCACUUCAGUUAUAUACGAUCUUCACGUCGUUCAGCCAAAGUCAACACUCGAUAGUUAUUAUUCCUUUCCGCUGAGCGGUUUAUUAUACUCGCAUCUGUCUUAUUACAGUCUACGCCAAAUAUCCUAUCCGUCAUCAUGAAGUUUUCCGCCGUUUCCGUCGCGCUCGCCGCCCUGCCGCUUGCUUUGGGAGGGUUGAUCGCAGAGCCUAUUGCCGCAAGAAACGGGCACGUAGUAGAAGUUGUCCAGAAGGGAAACCAAGAGCACCAAAAUGCACAGCAGCUUGCGAAUGUGAUUCAACUGCAGGGCAACCAGCAUUCCGUCGUUCAAGAAGUCAUCAUCCUAUGGAUCAACAGCGGUGCCGGAGCUGCAACCUCAGUUGUUAACGCUGCCGUCCCCACUGCCGCAGCAGCUGCCGCUGCUGCCACCCACACCGUUGCUGUUGGUGGUAGCGCCGGUCUCGUUUUCGUUCCCGACACUGUCAACGCUGCCGUUGGCGACUCCGUUGUCUUCGUCUUCCACUCCCAAAACCACACCGUCACACAAUCUACUUUCGACACUCCUUGCGUGAAGCUCAAGGACGGCAUGGACUCCGGCUUCAUGCCCAACCCCAACAACACCAUCGUCCCACCUCCAAUGAUGGCCAUGCAGGUCACCGUUGCCACCCCUCUCUGGUUCUACUGCAAGCAGGGCCCCCACUGCGGAAAGGGCAUGACUUUCUCCAUCAACCCAACCGCCGCUAAGACCCAGGCCGAUUUCAUGCAGUUGGCCAUCGCCCAGAACGGCACUGGCGCCGCCGCCAACAUCGUUGGAGGAACUACCAGCGUCGGAGCCGUUGCCGCCGCCACUACCGCUGCCGCCGCUGCCGCGACUAAUGCUGUCGCCGCCGCUGGCACUGAUAUGGCCGCUGGCACUGGCGCUGCUGGCGCCGGAGGAGCUUGCGCUUGCUCUUGCUUCUGCGGUGUCUCCAGCUUCCCUCUCGCUGCACAAGGAGUUGGUGCUGUCGGUGGCAUGUCUGGCUCGCUACCAAUGGCUGCACUGAUGGGUUAAGAGGUGGUUCGUUCGUUCGUCGUUGUGUAAAAUUCAUUGGCGCAGUUUCAAAACUUGAAUUCGUGCGGUACCCACGGCGUCGCCCUUGAUAGGCUUGAUGCACCGUUCUUGCAUGUGGUGAUAGAUAUAUGGCUGGAUCGUAUUUUUGGAUGUGGGCUUUAAUUGUAGACUUUUGAGAAAU